GCCGAAACGCCAUUGGUUGGAGUUAAGAGCUUCCUGAUCUUUUCAACGUUCUAGUAGCACCACAUCCUAAUUUGUCACUACAUCACCAACCAAGCCGCCACCACUACCAUUUGACAUCGCAUAACUCUGUCCAAGAUGUCGCGUUCUCCAAUGGACGACUAUGUGGAGAGGAUGCGGACCAUGGUGCGCCAGAACCGAGGUGGAUUUCCUGGUGGUCGCCCUCCUCCCGGUGCGGGUAUGGCAGCUGCCGCCGUCGGUUUAAUCGGUGGUGGGAUUUUUCUACUACAAAAUUCCCUAUUCAACGUCGACGGUGGUCACCGAGCUAUCAAGUACCGGAGAAUAAGUGGUGUAAGCAAGGAAAUCUAUACUGAAGGAACCCAUAUUAUGAUCCCUUGGUUCGAGACUCCGAUUACUUAUGAUGUGCGAGCGAAACCGAGAAAUGUCUCGUCUCUUACCGGCACCAAGGAUUUACAGAUGGUUAACAUUACUUGCCGUGUGCUCUCCCGACCUAAUAUCGAGGCGCUCCCGCAGAUUUACAGGACGCUUGGACAGGACUACGAUGAGCGAGUGCUACCUUCUAUCGUGAACGAGGUUCUAAAGAGCGUGGUAGCGCAGUUCAAUGCCAGCCAACUGAUCACUCAGCGAGAGAACGUUGCUAGACUAGUUCGAGACAACCUGUCGAGGCGAGCUGCGCGAUUCAACAUCUUAUUAGAUGAUGUUUCCCUUACGCACCUUGCUUUCUCCCCGGAGUUCACUGCCGCGGUUGAAGCGAAGCAGGUAGCGCAGCAGGAGGCUCAGAGGGCAGCCUUCGUCGUCGACAAGGCGAGACAGGAGAAGCAGGCCAUGGUCGUUAAGGCGCAGGGUGAAGCACGAUCAGCAGAGCUUAUUGGAGACGCUAUCAAGAAGAGCAAGGCGUACGUCGAGUUGAAGAAGAUCGAAAACGCAAGAGUCAUCGCCGCCCAAUUGCAAGAAGCAGGUGGCAGAAACAGACUGCUACUCGACUCAGAAGGUCUUGGCCUAAAUGUGUUUAGCGAUGACCGCAACAGCAAGUCAUAGGGAUGAACGGCUAGGAGUAACUAAAAUCUCCACUGUAUGUUUAAAAUAAUACUUGUAAAAUACGGGAAUUUACAACUGCGUCCUGCUUUAUAGCCUCAGGCUUCGACGAGUAAAACAGCUUAGUGCUUACACAUGCAACGCCUUGCUAUGUUCAAACUACAUAAGAUAGCCUGAAUUGGUCCCCGCUCGGCUUACACAUAGACGGGGAGCAUUUUAUAG